AAAUACCGUUCUACAAUCCUUCUGUCAAAACACACUGCUCCGGAGCACAAGAAUAAACAGACGAACUUUCCACUUGAAAAAAAAAAACAAACACUUUAAAAAAUGAAUAUCCAGUGGCCAAAGGAAACUGCACAGGUUAAUUAAUAUUUCGUGGCUUGGAUUUAUCAAAAAAUGGAUUUUCGAAAAAUUUGGAGCUUCGGUUAGACUUGAUUCUCAAAGAACGAUCGUUCAACUGCGACUGUUGUCUCUCUCAGCCGACACGAGGCACGCACACAAUCAGGGAAACGCUAGUCGUGUGGGUGAUGUGCGUGAGUAAAUAAUCGAAAAACAGGAGACACGUCCGCUUAUUUCGUUCGUAGAUAACUGGGGCAUUGAAUAUUGAACGAUGUGUCACAUAAAGUCACUGUUUCUGGGGCUUAUUUGCCUGCUGAUUAACGAUAAAACUGGGUCUUCUGCCAGUCAUUUCGUCGAGAAUGAGGCCUGCUACUCGUAUGCCGGGGGAUCGGUGUAUCCAGCCGGUAAUAAACAUGCUGGACAUCAGUUGCAUACCACCAAGGCAGUCAUUGGCAAGCCAGCUCCAUAUUGGGAAGGUACAGCAGUCAUAAAUGGGGAAUUCAAGGAGAUCAAACUCAGUGAUUACAAGGGAAAAUAUCUUGUGUUUUUUUUCUACCCUUUGGACUUCACAUUCGUGUGCCCAACGGAGAUUCAAGCGUUCUCGGAUAGAAUUGACGAGUUUACGAAACUGAAUACAGAGGUGAUUGCAGCCUCUGUGGACUCUCAAUUCACCCAUUUAGCCUGGAUGAACACGCCAAGGAAAGAGGGAGGACUCGAUAAAAUUAAGAUUCCCCUGCUUUCUGAUUUGACGCACAAAAUCUCGAAGGACUAUGGGGUUUAUCUGGAGGAUCUAGGUCAUACUUUGAGAGCUCUAUUCAUAAUCGAUGGCAAGGGAAACCUCCGCCAGAUAACGAUGAACGACCUCCCAGUGGGUCGCUCGGUGGACGAGACCCUGAGACUUGUCCAAGCCUUCCAGUACACCGACGAGCACGGAGAGGUCUGCCCCGCUGGAUGGAAGCCCGGUCAAGACACAAUUAUUCCAAACCCAGUGGACAAGAAGAAGUUCUUUUCGAAGGAGAACUAGGUGCUGAUAUUUUUUUCUACUCCACAUACAUCACUUGUAUCCCCGUGUUUUAUACAUUAAAAUAAAUUUAUGAAAAAUG